AUGGAAAUUGCGCAUUUUAAAAGGGAUAAUAUCAGUUAUCUUUUAAUACAUGGAUUUGUUUGUGAAAAUUGCGCUACAGAAAAGAUAAUAUCCUUAAAAAAUAGUAUAAAUAUAACAGAAAAAAAUGAUAAUGAUUAUGAUGUGUAUGUCUGGAGAACAUGGAAAAGGGAUAACAUGAGGAAAAAUAUCUCUCCAGCACAAGAGCUACUUGCAUUAGUAUUGAUACAAAAGUGUGUAAACUAA